AUGAAGCAGGGGCCCCCCAAGGGCCCCCUGUGCAUAACGGGGGCCCCCGAGGCGGAGGCCCUGGGGGUCGUAGCGGGGAGGAGACAGCAGCAGCAGCAGCAGCAGCAGCAGCAGCAGCAGCAGCAGCAGCAGCAGCAAGAGCAGCAAGAGCUGCGAGAAGGACAAAGAAGGGAAGGAGAAGGAGACAACAGCAGCAAAAAGUGUAAAAAGAGGAAACCCCCAGUAGCAGCAGCAGGACCAGCAGCAGCAGCAGCAGCAGCAGCAGCAGCGCCACCGACAGCAGCAGCAGCAGCAGCUGAAGGACCAGCUGCAGCAGCAUCACCUACAGCAGCACAAACAGCAUCCAGGCAAGAACAGGAGCAGCAACUACAACAACAACAACAACAACAGCAUCAGCAGCAGCAGCAGCAACAACAGCAGCAGCGGCAGCAGCAGCAACAACAGCAGCAGCAACAAGAGUGCAGUGCCCCCUACAGCUGCAGUUCUAGCAGGCUCAACAACAGCAGCAACAGCAGCAGCAGCAGCAGCAGCAACAGCAACAGCAGCAGCAGCAGCAGCAGCAACAGCAGCGCAGCAGCAGCAGCAGCAGCAACAACAGCAGCAGCGGCAGCAGCAGCAACAACAGCAGCAGCGAGGGCUGCAGCAGCAACAAGACACCAGCAGCAGCAGCAGCAGCAGCAGCAGCAGCAGCAGCAGCAACAGCAGCAGCAGCAGCAGCAACCGCAGCAGCAGCAUCAGCAACAGCAGCAGCAGCUACCGCAACAGCAGCAGCAGCAGCAGCAGCAGCAGCAGCAGCGCGAGCAUCCUCAGCAGCAGCAGCAACCGCAGCAGCAGCAGCAGCAGCAGCAGCAGCAGCAGCAGCAGGAGGAGAAAAUGAUGCUGGAGUCAGCAGCAGCAGCAGAAGCAGCAGCAGCAGCAGCAGCAGCAGCAGCAGCAGCGCGAGCAUCAUCAUCAGCAGCAGCAACCGCAGCAGCAGCAGCAGCAGCAGCAGCAGCAGGAGGAGAAAAUGAUGCUGGAGCGCAUGCAGUGGUUUCUGCGGAGAGUGCAUGCGUUGACGUGGUGUACAUACACCCCAAUUUGUAUAGGGCUUUGUCUGUGCGGGGCCCUGGGGGUUCUGGGGCUGUCUUGGUGUCUUCAUUUACAGCCUUUAUCCCGGAGGGUGCAGCAGCAGCAGCAGCAGCAUAUGCAGCAACAGCAGCAGCAGCAGCAGCAGCAGCAAAGGUUACUGCCAGUUCAGGGGGCCCCCCUGGGGGGCCCCACAGUGUGGGGCUGUUGGGGGCCCCCGGAUCCCUGGGGGGCCCCUUCGAUACCUUUGAGCCCCUGAGGCAGGAACAGCAGCAGCAGGAGCAGCAGCAGGAGAAGGAGAAGGAGACAGCAUAG